AGCCAUCGUUAUCUAAAAGCUCAGUCAAGUUGUGUUAGUCGGAUGGAACGCGUCAAUUGAUCAUUGAACAGAGACGUUUCGGUCUUUUUUUUUUUGUGUGUGUGUGGAUUUUUCUAUUUCGUUCUUGCCAUACUGUAACUGAACUGAAACGCGCACAGGUUGAACAGCUAGUACAUAAAGUGACUUUUGCGAUAUCGCUUUAAGCGAAGACCCUUUUCUGGGAACCUUUGAAGACCUGGAUAACAUGGACGGAUUCUACGACCAGCAAGUGCCAUUUAUGGUCCUACCCAAUCAAAAAUCGCAUGUGGAGGAACCAUACAGCAGACCAAUCAUAGACAGCAGGAAAAGGAAGUUUGUAGACACAGUACUCGCCCAGGACACGGAAGACCUCUUCCAAGACCUCAGUCAGUUGCAGGAGAUCUGGAUUGCAGAAGCCCAGGUGCCUGAUGAUGAACAGUUUGUCCCAGAUUUUCAGUCGGAUAGCUUAAUGUUUCAUGGCCCCCCACCAUCCAAGAUUAAACGGGAACUGAGUCCUUCCAAAGAGAUUUGUCCUUGUAACCAGGAAAGGAGUCCCAUGCCGUAUGGAGAGAAGUGCCUUUACAGCGACAGUGCCUAUGAGAGGAAACCCGGUUUGGCCUACAAGCCAUUGACCCCUCCCUCUACACCCGUGUCACCAUGCAGCUCUACCAACACCCCAAGGACACACCCAGUCAGCCAGCAGACUCCUCCCCCUCAUCAAAUACACAAUCGGAACCAGGCGCAAGGGCCACACCCCCUGCAGCCUGACCACCAAGCAGUUGGCCCAGCCCACAACCAGCAGAGGCCACUCCCCCUCCAGAGCCCACCCUACGCUGUGCCCUGCCCCCCCUCACUCCUCAGUCAGGAUGGUAACUACAGCCCUGAGCACAGGUUCCAGAGGCAAAUGUCGGAGCCAUGUCUACCCUUUCCUCCCUCUGAGAGCCGGACUCACCCUCAGUUCCUGGCCCAACCGCAGGCCCCCAGCCACAGUGCCCUACCCAGGGACGGGAGGCCCCCCUACCACCGCCAGAUGUCUGAACCCCUGGUCCCUGGUCCCGUGCCUCAACACGGCUUCAAGCAGGAGCUGCUGGACCCUCGCUACACAGAGCAGGGUGUCCCCUCCAUGGGCCCCCCUCAGGCUGCCUUCCACCCCAUGGCCAUCAAGCAGGAGCCCCAGGACUUCUGCUUUGACUCUGAAGUGCCUAUCUGUCAGUCUACAUUUGGAAGAGCCGGGACCUUCUACCAAAACAACCAUGAAAGUUUCUCCUUUGACAGAGAGCCUCACCUGUACUACGAUGAUACCUGCGUGGUUCCUGACAGACUUGAAGGGAAGGUCAAGCAGGAGCCCUCUGUGUACCGUGAUGGCCCGCCCUACCAGCGGCGUGGCUCUCUGCAGCUCUGGCAGUUUCUGGUCACCCUAUUGGAUGACCCGGCCAACGGUCACUUCAUUGCCUGGACAGGCCGGGGCAUGGAGUUCAAACUCAUUGAGCCAGAGGAGGUGGCUCGCCGCUGGGGCAUCCAGAAGAACAGGCCAGCCAUGAACUAUGACAAGCUGAGUCGUUCUCUGCGCUACUACUAUGAGAAGGGAAUCAUGCAGAAGGUAAAGGUUGCUGGCGAGAGGUACGUGUACAAGUUUGUGUGCGACCCUGAAGCCCUGUUCUCCAUGGCCUUCCCUGACAACCAGAGGCCCAACCUGAAGGCCGACCCAGACAGCCUGCCCUGCGUUGGGGUGGAUGAUGACACCCUGCCCCUCGCCCACUACAAGAACACCCCUUACUUGGUGGACUCUGGCGAGCAGUGUGUAGGUCUACCCUACGGGUACUGACUGCCCCCCCCUGCUGCUCCUCAACCCAACCCAGAGAUCAAGCUCCAACUGCUGAGGCUGAGCAAGAAACUGGAUCAAACCUGAACCCGAAACCUCCCUCUCUCUGCUAAAUUACUCCUCCAAUCCUGCCCACUUACGGAUUAACUUAACACUCCCCCUAAAAUGACUGAGGAGAAACCUGCACCAACCACGUUCCUUGGCUUCAUCUAUAGUACCAAGAGAGAGGGCACCGUGGAAGUAAGGGUGUUAUGGACUGCAGUGGCUCCGCCAACUCUCAACUCAAGGUGAACUGGCGUCAUUGCUAUGGAGACGAAGAGGAAGUGAUGGGCCAGGGGCCGUGUUAUGGCAGCAUGCCGGAGGACUGACCGAUAGAUCUCUGUGUAGACUGCAAGAAUUGUAGCAGUUCUGAUUUCGGACAACCUGCUUUUUCUAAAAUAAUUAUAUUAAAAGUUAAUUCUGACAAAAGUAUCUAUAAAUAAAGCACUAUUCUGUAGUUUCCUUUUUGGUCCCCAAUAAUUAUGUAUUUUUCUGCCACAUAUUAACAAUAAGAUCUGUGUAAGUAAGGGCUUUGAUUUGCAAAAAUAAAUAGUAACAUUUGAAUAUUUCUAAACAAACCCACAGACCUGUUGGUUUCUGUAGACUUGGUAUAGAAACGUAUGCUGGCUAUUCUACAAUUGGUUACACUCCUUUACAAAACCCAUGUGGCUCUGGUCAAAAGUAGUGCACUGAAUAGGGUGUCAUUUAGGAUGCAGACUCUGUCUGGUGGUCCAUUCUCAUUUAUACUGACACUCCACAACAUUUAAUUUUUUUCAUAAACUACUUAUAUUUCCUAAAGGUUGUAACUAAUCAGCGCUCUACCUAAAACAAUAAAUCCCCUGCAGGAGUCUUUCAUUUUCCAAAGGGGACAACUGUGUCAAUAUCUUUCCCAUAGAUUUUGAAUUUUUACAUAACUUGGGUUAUAGCUUUUUUUCAUUUUUUUGGGUGCUUGAUGUUUCCUCGGCAGUGAGUACUAGAUUCUUAAAUGCACCAGGAUGGCAUCUUUCAGGACAUUGCAUGCGAAGGUGUGGAAUUAUACACCUUUCCCUGGAGUCCUCUUUCUACCAAUUGCAGGUUGUCAACGAGAGACCUCUGCUUCUCUUUGCAUGACAGUGUAUUCAAACAAACUGUCCACUAACAUAUGGCUUUACUCUACUCUGGACAAAGAAGACAAAUUGUGAAAGUU